AUGCGCGCCAAACGAGCAAAACAGUACCGGAAGUUGAUGAAGACCUACGAACUCUCCUUCAACUUCCGAGAACCAUACCAAGUCCUACUCGAUGCACAAUUCAUACGAGAUGCCCAUCGCUUCAAAAUGCAUCUUGGAAAGAUGCUGGAGAACACGCUGAGCGGUCUCAUAAAACCCAUGAUCACCCAAUGUUGCAUCCGACACCUCUACAACAUCAAACCGGCCGAUGAUGCCGAGCAGAAGGAGAAAGAGAUCUGCAUUGAGGUCGCAAAAGCGGCUGAGAGACGGCGAUGUGGACAUCACGAAUUGGAAGAGCCGUUGAGCGAAGUUGAAUGUCUCAAGAGUGUGGUUGAUCCUAAAGGGAGUGGGACGAACAAGAAUCGCUAUGUGGUUGCAAGCCAGGACCGAGAGCUGCGGGCGAGCAUGAGGGAGAUUGCCGGUGUGCCUCUCAUCUACAUCAACCGGAGUGUCAUGAUUCUGGAGCCGAUGGCAGAAAAGACGGAGGAUGUCAGAGAGAAGGAGGAGCGUGGGAAGAUCCGAGCAGGCUUGAAAACCCGGCGAGGCGCACAACCCGAACUGAAGCGCAAACGAGAAGACAAAGACGACGAUCAGAAUCUUGCUACUGAAGCGUCGGGUGCGAGCACGCAAGCUCCGGAACGUAAGAAGCAAAAGCCGAGGGGACCAAAGGCGCCAAACCCUCUGAGCGUAAAGAAGGCAAAAGCCAAGCCGAACUCCAAACCUGCUGUAUCCGAAGCAAGCACG